AUAUAUCACAAGUGUGCUUCCGUUUGAUAUUUACUCAGAGACGUGUAGCUUCACUACUUCCACAUACUGAGAGUGAGAGAGAAAUGGCGACGGAAACCGUAUUGGCCACGGCGGUGAGCAACGGCAGAAGCAAAGGAUGUUGCAAGUCCGGUCCAGGUUACGCGACGCCUCUAGCCGCCAUGGCUGGUCCACGGGAAAAGCUCAUCUAUCUCACCGCCCUCUACUCCGGAACGGGGCGAGACAAACCGGACUACUUGGCGACGGUGGAUGUGGAUCCUAACUCACCCACAUAUUCAAGUGUCAUCCACAGGUUGAAAAUGCCUUAUAUAGGUGAUGAGCUACACCACACUGGUUGGAACUCUUGCAGUUCUUGCCAUGGUGAGGCUUCUGCUGAUAGACGUUACCUCGUCUUACCAGGCUUAAUCUCUGGUCGCAUUUAUGCAAUCGACACAAAGACCGACCCAAAGGCUCCAUCUUUGUACAAGGUUGUAGAGCCUGAAGAGAUUGCUAAAAAAACAGGAUUAGCAUUUCCACAUACAUCUCAUUGCCUCGCCUCGGGUGAUAUGUUGGUGUCUUGCCUUGGGGACAAAGAAGGAAACGCCAAAGGGAACGGGUUUCUCCUUCUUGACUCUGACUUCAAUGUCAAAAGCAGGUGGGACAAACCAGGACAUGGUCCUUUGUUUGGGUAUGAUUUUUGGUACCAACCUCGGUUCAAGACAAUGAUCAGCACUUCUUGGGGUGCACCUAAAGCCUUCUCCAAAGGUUUCAAUCUCCAGCACGUUGCGGAUGGCUUGUACGGAAGUCAUUUACAUAUUUAUAAAUGGCCUGAAGGUGAAAUGAAGCAGAUUAUUGACCUCGGAAAUACCGGUCUCUUACCUCUUGAGAUUAGAUUCUUGCAUGAUCCUUCUAAAGAUACAGGGUAUGUCGGGAGUGCCUUGUCGAGUAAUAUGAUAAGGUUUUUCAAGAACAGUGAUGACACAUGGAGCCAUGAGGUGGUUAUAUCGGUUAAACCUCUGAAAGUUGAAAACUGGAUUCUUCCAGAAAUGCCGGGGCUUAUCACCGACUUCUUGAUCUCACUCGAUGAUCGGUUUUUCUACUUUGUGAACUGGCUUCAUGGAGACAUCCGUCAGUACAACAUCGAAGACCCUAAAAACCCGGUCUUAACGGGACAAAUUUGGGUCGGAGGAUUACUACAAAAGGGCAGUCCUUACAAGGCUGUUGGAGAAGAUGGCAACACUUACCAAUUUGACGUUCCGCAGAUCAAGGGGAAGUCUCUACGAGCAGGACCUCAGAUGAUCCAACUAAGCCUCGACGGGAAAAGAUUGUACGCGACAAACUCGCUAUUUAGCGCAUGGGACCGUCAGUUUUACCCGGAACUCAUGGAUAAAGGCUCACACAUAAUUCAAAUCGAUGUUGACACAGACAAAGGUGGUCUCACCAUAAACCCUGACUUCUUUGUGGACUUUGGUGAUGAACCAGACGGUCCUGCACUAGCCCACGAGAUGAGAUAUCCCGGUGGAGACUGCACUUCCGAUAUCUGGAUCUGAAUUUGGCUCCUUAAAAGAGUAAGCUGGAUAUGUGAUUCAUUCUUAUGUCUUUGUAGAGUGUAAUAAAUAAGAAGUGGCUAGUUUCGUGAUCCAGACAAUAAUAAAAGUUGUUCUCCUCCUUCCAUACAAUAAAUCUUUCUACUUGUACAUGUUAUCUCUGUCUUUUGUGUAACCGAAUUGAACCGAUCACAACCAGGUCCAAGUAUGGACCAAGUAAAAACUACGUCAGAUACAAUGUAUCUGGUCAAGAUCUGA